AUGGUUAGCGGCCUGGCAAUGGAGGUAGGGAAUGGAAGCAGAACUCUGUUUUGGAAAGAUAAUUGGGUUCAAGGCAUUCCUCUGAAAGCGAAUUUUCCAAGACUCUUCUCCAUUUCAAAUCAGCAAGGUGAUGUGAUACGGUACUGUGGGUUUUGGGAUGACCUAGAGUGGAUUUGGAAUUUUCAUUGGAGGAGGGAGUUGUUCCAAUGGGAGAUGGACCUAGUCCAUCACCUUCACGAUAGGUUAAGACCAGUGAGGCUCUCAAUGGAUCGAGAUGAUGCUAUUGUGUGGAAGUUUGAUAAGAAGGGUGUCUUUUCUACUAGCUCUGUUCUGCAAGUCAUCCAAUCGGAAACUCUGACUGGUGAGAUCACAAGUUAUAGUUUCACCAGUGCGAUUUGGAGCAGCGUGGUACCCUCGAGAGUGGAGCUAUUUGGAUGGUUUGUGCUAGUUGGUAGAGUUAAUACCAAGGAGCGGUUGAGCAGAUUGGGUGUUAUUCCUAGUACUGACAAUGCUUGUGUCUUGUGUAAAAAGGAGAUAGAGUGUGUACAACAUUUAUUUCUCCUAUGUGAAGUUACAUGGCAGGUGUGGUGCACAUGGUUGAAGUUUUUUCGUACAGAUUGGGCUGUUCCUGGUACCAUAAAAUGGCUGUUUGAAAGUUGGACAGGAAUGGACACUGGAAAACAAGAGCAGAGGAAGUGGCUGACUGGGUUCUUUGCAGUGAUCUGGAACAUCUGGUGGGAACGGAACGAUAGAAUUUUCAACAAUAAAGAAGCAGAUGUGGCGGAAAUACAGAGCAGGACGGUUUUGAGCUACCAAGAAUGGACUUCCAGUGAUCCUGCGCUUCAGAACAACAAACUGGCACGAUGUAGCAGCAACUCCACGAGAGGGUUGUGCAACACCGCAACAACGCGACUAGGAGAGAGCGGUGCGAAAACAGUAGCAGUAGCAUUGGGCUUAGCGUCGGAUGGCGAGGUGCGUCGGACUGACCUGCGAAGGUGGAGGCGAGAGGCUGCGGCGGCAUUGGGAUGGCCGGCGGGGAGUGCAGCGGCGCGAGGUGAGGAUUGGAGAAGAUGA